CAAGCUUCUACAAUGUCCUUAUUGCACUGUGGCCGUUUUAAGACAAUCAAAUUGAAGUGUCCACAGCUCAAAAGGUGUGCUGUGAACCUACUAGAAACGCUUAAGUACGUUCAUCGAAUUGCUCCUUCACAUCAUCUUCAUCAUCUUCUCCCCUUCUCCUCAUACUGACCAUCACCAUGACCUCGCAAAUUCCUCCGGUGCCAUAUGCGUUUGGCCCCUUUCGUGUUGCGCGUGUCUUGGGAGUGGGAGGAUUCGGAAGGGCUGUGGGAGCUCAAGACCUAUCAUCGCAACGUUUGCUGUGUCUCAAGGUCUUUCGCAAGGACCGUCUGAAGAACAGGCGCACAGAAGAAAGCCUUUUGAACGAGCUAGAAGUUUACAAGCGCAUUGCAUCAUCGAAGUGGUGUCCUGCAAAAACAUUCUUAAUGGAGCUCGAAAUGUCUUUUCAAACAGAUGAUUCCGUUUGUUUCGCCAUGGAUUUGAUGGCUCAUGACUUAAAUCAUUAUAUGAUUCAUCGUCCUGCAUACUGCGACGAACAUGCUUGCAGAUGGAGUGCCCAACUGGCCCUCGGAAUCAAUGCCCUUCACGAGAUGGGCAUCAUUCACCGUGACCUCAAAGCAGAAAAUAUCCUCAUCGAUGUACGAGAGAACGUGCGGAUCGCUGACUUUGGCCUUAGUCAUAUGGACGAGAAGCCCUUGGAUUUAUGGCGGAAGUGUUCAUCAGACGUGGUAGGGACAGCCCAUUGUAUGGCGCCAGAGAUCCUGCGCAACAAGAAAGAACGGCGUUCUAUGCGGUACGGGUUACACGUGGACUGGUGGGCGUUUGGAUGCAUUGUUUACGAGCUUGUGUCGUGGAAGCAUAAGGCGCUCUUUGAUUCCGAGUGUGACAUAGUGGAUUAUGUUGCUUGGCGCUCCUGCAGCAAUCUUACAUACAGGUCGUUCCCUGCAUUCAAAGACCUUGAUGAUCCAACUGUGACCGACUUGAUUGCAGGGCUCCUCGAACCGUUUCCCUUAUUGCGUUAUGCUUUCGCAGAGGUCGAGAAACACAAGUAUUUCUUGAACGAUCGUGGCACAUCAGAAUUUUCCGGCGCCUGUUCUCGUGCCCUUCGCCGCCAAGAACAGCUACACAUAUUGCCCGACUUGCAGGUUGGACAGAAUGAAACAGCAGAGAUAUUGUGUCCCCUGCCUUCCUGGCGGUCUCCGCGCGUUUCGGGUGUGGAUUGGGUGAAGCCCAAGCCGAGGGUUGUUUUUUUCUCAUGAUGUCCUCCACUUUGUAACUGUUACCUUGAGGGUGUCUCUAUUUCAAAUUCUUCGCUGAGCUUCCUUCUUGCUACAAAUAAUCUCCAAAUGUACCUUAGUGUAGACAGCCUUGGUGCCCUGUGGUUCCCAUCUUUUUCACGUACAUUUUACAUUUUAUCUCCAGCU